AUGGCAGGUGUAUUUGGUGUUUUAAUAGGUUUAGUCAUUAUUGGUCUAUUUGCUAGAAUAUGUUGUUUAAAGCAUACAAAGCAUAAAAGACAAAGACAAUUCUUAAAACAAUCUAGAAACAACAAUAUUAGCGGUGGGUCAGGUAGUCUAAAUGAACAAACUUGCGGAGGAACUAAAAACGAUCAUAAUCAUAAUACUCACACAUAUCAAUCACCAACACUAACGAUACCACAAGCAACUCCAGCAAACAAUUUACUUUCACCAUAUUCUACUUUCUCGGCAUCAUCACCGUCAUUAACUUUACCAUCUUCUCCAUCUUAUCCACCCUCACCAUCUUCGCCAUCUUAUCCACCUUCACAACAACAACCAUAUUAUAAUUAUCAACAAAAUAAUUUUCCCGGGACAUCUCCUAUAAUAUCUCCUACAAUUAAUACAAGUACUCCACCAUCACCAAUAAUCCAACCCCUCACACAACUCCAUCCAAUGCAGCACCAACAACCACAAUUUUAUAAUUAUUAUAAUUAUCAACAGAACAAUGCUACUCCACUAAUAUCAACACCAUCUCCGGCAUCUCAUAAACAGCAAGAACAACAACCUAAAAUUGUAAAGCCUAGUUCAUUAUCGCCUAAACGGCGACCACCACCACCACCCCUGCCGCUAAAAAAAAAUACACAAAAUUGUCAAAAAUCAACUAAUCCAAAAAAAAAACCCACAAAACCACCAAUAUGGAAAUAG